AGAGAUGAGAUGAGAUGUUUAUAAUAGAGGGUUUAAUAUAGUUUGUACUAUGGCUUUGUGUAGUUUACGGUGCAGUGUUGCAAGGUUUGGUUGUACUGUGAUUACAGUCUCUGUGUCACAGGUCUUGUUGAACCAGACUGGCAGCAUGAGUCUCUCUGAGGAAUGUGAAGACAUUUCCACUGUCAUGAUGCACUCCUGUAAAAUCCAGUCAAACAGAUCAAGCUCUCCAGAACCCAGCUAUGUGUCUGUAAGCAGUGAAUCAUCUAUAGAUCUUCCUCCAUGUUUUAAAAAUGAAGACCCCUCAUCUGCAUCCAGUCAAACCCAUGAGGAGAGACCGGACUCUCUACUAGAACCCAGCUGCAUAUCAUUGAAGACUAACCAUUCGAUGGAGAUUGGUGUAUUUUUUAAAGAUAGAGAGGCCUCAUCUGCACCCAGUCAAAUCCAGGCGGAGAGACCGGACUCUCUAGAACCCAGCUGCAUAUCCUUGAAGACUAACCGUUCUAUGGAGAUUGGUGUAUUUUUCAAAGAUAGAGAGCCCUCAUCUGCACCCAGCAUCCUGCACAAGGCCUUGGAGAGAGUGAACAUGAUGAAGCUACCAAGAACGCUAAGAACAUGCCCUACAGACAGAGAACCUCAACCUGGACCUGCUACAGCUGAAGAUUUCAAAUCUACUCUGAAAAAGACUUGUCAAUGGUUGAAUGACUUGAUAACAAAGCAUGGAACCCGAACACUUCUGACUAAUGUCUACACAGAGCUCUACAUCAGCGUGGGAGAGGGUAAAGAGAUCAACAGUGAACAUGAGGUGAGACAGAUGGAGGCAGCAUCCAGGAGAGUGUCAACAGAGGAAACACCAAUCAAAUGCAAUGACCUCUUUACACCCUUAUCUGAACAAGACAAACCCAUCAGAACUGUGCUGACUAAGGGAGAUGCUGGAAUUGGUAAAACAGUCUCUGUGCAGAAGUUUAUUCUGGACUGGGCUGAAGGGAAAGCGAAUCAGGAUCUCCACUUCAUAUUUCCACUUCCCUUCAGAGAACUGAAUUUAAUGAAGGACCAGAAACUCAGUCUGAUGGAUCUCCUUCAUGAAUGUUUCAAGGAGACAAAAGAAAUGGAAAUCUCCAGCUCACACAAAGCUCUGUUCAUCUUCGAUGGUUUAGACGAGAGUCGUUUAGCUCUAGACUUUCAGAACGGGGUGAAUCUGUGUGAUGUCACUGAAUCAGCAUCAGUGGAGGUUCUGCUGAUGAACCUGAUGAAGGGGAAUCUCCUUCCUUCUGCUCUGAUCUGGAUAACCUCCCGACCGGCAGCAGCUGAUCAAAUCCCCUCUGAGUGUGUGGAUCGAGUGACAGAGGUACGAGGCUUCAGUGACCCACAGAAGGAGGAGUACUUCAGGAAGAGGAUCAGUGAUCAGAGCCUGGCUGAUAAAACCAUCAAACACCUGAAGACAUCAAGAAGCCUCUACAUCAUGUGCCAAAUCCCUGUGUUCUGCUGGAUUUCAGCCACAGUUCUGGAGAAAAUACUGAAUGAAGCCCAGAACAGAGAGAUCCCCAAAACUCUGACUGAAAUGUACACACACUUCAUCAUCAUUCAGACACAAAUCAUCAGAGAAAAGUACCAGAAGAACCAGCAGCACACUGAUGAAGAAAUGCUCCUCAAACUGGGACAAUUGGCUUUUCAGCAGCUGAUGAAAGGAUACCUGGUCUUCUAUGAUGAAGAUCUCAGAGAGUGUGGAAUUGAUAUCAUAGUAGCAUUAGUGUACUCAGGUGUGUGUACACAGAUCUUCAGAGAGGAAUCUGAGCUGCUUCACAGUAAAGUGUACUGCUUUGUUCACCUGAGCAUUCAGGAACAUCUCGCUGCUCUAUAUGUGCACCUGACCUUCAUGAACCGGAAGAAGAAUGUUCUGAAACAAAAACUUUCCUCUAAACUGAGAAUCCUGAAGAGAACAGAGGAUACACUCUCAGAUAUUCACAAGAGUGCAAUAGAUCAGUUCUUAUACGGUGAGAAUGAACAUCUGGAUCUCUUUGUUCGUUUUCUUAUGGGUCUCUCAGUGGAGUCCAAUCAGACCCUCCUACAAGACAUUGUGACUCGAACAGAAAGUAGCCCCGAAAGUAACGACAAAACAGUUCAAUACAUCAAGAAAAAGAUCAGAGAGAACCCUUCUGCAGAGAAAUCCAUCAAUCUGUUUCACUGUCUGAAUGAACUAGAACACCAUUCCUUAGUGGAGGAAAUCCAGCAUUACCUACAGUCUGGAGAUCUUCAAACGAGAAAACUCUCUCCUUCACAGUGGUCCGCUGUGAUCUUUGUGUUGCGGACAUCAUCACAGGAAAUUGACGUAUUUGACUUGAGUAAAUACACCAAGUAUUUUACACCAGACGAUGUCCUUCUGCAUCUGCUGCCUGUGGUUGCAACAUCCAGAAAGGCUCAGCUUUACAAUUGUUUUCUGAAAGAGAAAAGUUGGACAGCUCUGGCCUCAGUCCUCAGCUCGGAGUUCAACAGUCUGAGAGAGCUGGAUUUGACCGGGAGUUAUUUGCAACAUCCAGCUGACAAGCUGCUCUUUGCUGGACUGGAGAAUCCCCUCUGUAAACUUGAGACUCUCACAUUGUGGUAUUGUUGGAUCUCACCGGGAGGCUGUGCUGCUCUGGCUUUAGCUCUGAAAUCAAACCCUUCACACCUGAGAAAACUGGAUCUGACUAAAAACAAAAUAGGAAAUACAGGGGUGAAGCUGCUCUCUGUUGGACUGGAGAAUCCUUUGUGCAAACUUGAGACACUGAAGUUGUGGGAUUGUAAAAUAACAGAGGAAGGUUGUGCUGCUCUGGCUUCAGCUCUGAAGUCAAACCCCUCACACCUCAGAAAACUGGAUCUGACUGCAAAUAAAAUAGGAGACUCCGGAGUGAAGCUGCUCUCUACUGUACUGAUGAAUCCUCUCUGCAAACUGGAGAAGCUGAGAUUGAAAGAUUGUAAGAUCACAGGUGAAGGCUGUGAUUCUCUGGUUUCAGCUCUGAAUUCAAACCCCUUGUCCCUCAGAGUGCUGAAUCUUUCGGGGAAUAAAGUGGGAGAUACAGGAGUGAAGUUACUCUUGGCUCUUAAAGCUGAUGAAAAGUACAGACUACAGGAAGUUUGGGUCUAAUGAAUAUCUCUGCAAAAGUGUGCAAAAUGUUCCUCCACUGGACGCUGCGAUAUGUUAUUUUAAUAUCGAAUCAGUUCUGCUGAUCUGAAGUCAGUUCCUAUGUUGUGUUUGUUGGAGAGAAUGUGAGUUUCUCUGGCAGCAGGGGGAGUAAUAGUGUGUGUAAGUAAAGUUAAAAGGGGAUGUGUUUAUGUACAAUACACUUCAUGGAAAUAUCUGAAACAGUUUGCUAAAGGUCUUGUGAGUAUCACUGACUUCUAAUUUAUUAUGUACCUGGAUGAUGUUUUUUAUAUUCAAACUUUUACUUUAUUUAAUAAACGCUGAUAUUU